AAGACAUUCACCAAUUCUUUCAUAUCUUCUUCAACCAUUUUUUCUCUUUGCCUCUCAACACAAUGAUCGAUAUGUUUAUAUCCUUAACCAAAUCCAUGUUCUAUUUAAUCAUAUGGAUUCUCUUUGUGACACCUUCUUAUGUUUUCUCAUCUAAUGAGGUCUGCAGUAAACCGUUUAGCUGCGGCAAUCAAAACGGUCUCCGAUACCCUUUCUGGAAACUUGGCAGAGAAGACUGUGGCCACCCUGAGUUUGAAGUCAACUGUACCAGUGGAUUCGCAGAGCUUAGUAUAACCUCCGUGAAGUAUAGAAUCUUAGAGGCAAACUAUGACUCUCGUAUCAUAAGACUUGCAAGAUCGGAUUUUAUCGGUGGUCUUUGUCCUAAAGAUCUCUUAAACGCAACAAUUGAUGAAAGCGUUCUUCCACUUGCUCCUAACACUGAGUUUCUAACAAUCUAUCACGACUGCAACAGAGCAUUUCCACUUUAUGUUUCUACUUAUGUUGGAGAUCUUGCUUGUGAAGAUGAUGAUGAUGAUGACAGAAUACGUUACUAUGUAACUAGAAACUUCUCGUCCCCGCUACUUGACGGUAUUAGAGGUCAAUUAAAUGAGUUCGAGUCAUCUUGCAAAAGCGUAAGUAUUCGUGUAUCUGGGCCUUGGCUGGACGCACUGCAGAACAAUCGGACUCAAGAAAAUCUGCAGAGAGCUCUUGCAGAGGGUUUUCAGCUUGGACUUGGCCAAGAAUGUUCGACGUGCUUAGCUUCUGAUGGUGCCUGUGGAUUUAGUCAGAGUUCUGGUGGAUUUGUUUGCUAUUCUAAAGAAAAGGAUGCAGGCAUCUCUUCUGGAGCAAUAGCAGGCAUUGUGGUUGCUUGUGUAUUGCUGGUGGCAAUUCUUAUAGCCGUAGGUUUGUUCUUUCUCAUCAGCCGGCGAAAGAAGACACAUGCAGCUCUACACACGAGCAAAGGCUUGCCAAUAACGUCAUCUUCAAGCAGAGUAACAUCAAGCUAUCCAACUUCCACAACAAUCUCAAGUAGCAGCAACCAUUCUCUACUACCUUCAAUGUCUUACAUCACAAACGCAAGCACCUACUUUGGAGUCCAAGUUUUCACCUACGAAGAACUCGAGGAAGCCACUGAGAAUUUCUCUAGAGAGCUUGGCGACGGCGGCUUUGGUACUGUCUACUACGGCGUGUUGAAAGAUGGACGAUUGGUAGCAGUCAAACGACUUUACGAGAGGUCCCUAAAACGCGUUGAACAGUUCAAAAACGAGAUUGACAUAUUGAAAUCGUUGAAACAUAAAAACCUCGUGAUUCUCUACGGAUGCACAUCGAGACAUAGCACAGAGCUUUUGCUCGUCUAUGAGUAUAUCUCAAACGGAACUCUAGCCGACCAUCUUCACGGUGAUCGUGCUGAAGCCCGUCCUCUUUGUUGGCCAGUUCGUUUAAACAUAGCAAUCGAAACCGCAAGUGCUUUAUCCUUCCUCCACAAAUCAGGGAUCAUACAUAGGGACGUAAAGACAACAAACAUUCUUCUAGACGAGAACUCCACGGUGAAAGUAGCUGAUUUCGGACUCUCACGGCUGUUUUCGAUGGACCAAACUCACGUCUCCACAGCACCGCAAGGCACUCCAGGAUAUGUAGAUCCGGAGUAUUACCAAUGUUACCGUCUGAACGAGAAGAGUGACGUUUACAGCUUCGGAGUCGUACUAACUGAACUCAUUUCUUCCAAAGAAGCUGUCGAUAUCACAAGACAUCGCCACGAUAUCAACUUAGCCAACAUGGCCGUCUCCAAGAUCCAGAACAAUGAGGUGCACGAGCUCGUGGAUCCGAGUCUUGGAUUCACGAAGGAUCCAGAAGUGAAGAGGAUGAUGAUUUCAGUGGCUGAGCUUGCGUUCCGAUGUUUGCAAAAGGAAAGGGAAGGUAGGCCAUCGAUGGAUGAGAUCGUGGAGAUUUUGAAAGGGAUCAAAGGGGAGACUCGCGAGACGCCACCGGAUGUGGUAGAUAUCGAGGGAAGUGGAGAAGAUGACGUUGGAUUGUUGAGGGAUAGUGUUCCUCCACCAGUGUCGCCAGAUACUGAUAAGUGGACUAGCAGUUCCGAUACGGUGGCGAGUUCAUUUUGAGAGAUUGUGUAAUUAGGCCUCUUCCCUCAAUGGUAUGUAGUAUAUUCAUACUGGUAAGUGGUUCUUCGACUUCUUUAUUUAUUUGUUCUUUUGCUCGUAUGUAUCAAAUGGACUUAUUAAUUAGUUUUAUGUUUCAACGGACAAGAUGAUCUGUAUCUUUUUUUUUUUUACAUUGAAAUCCUCAUGUAUAAUCAUCUAAAACAAUAAAUUCUCAUAUGUAAAACCAUCUAAAACAGUAAGUAAAAAAUAUAUACAAUACAUAUAUCGUAAAUAAUGUAUAAUCAGAGGGCACAAGAAUAACACAAAUAUGAUACAUCGA